CUUUUCCCUGCUCAUAUACAGCUCUGCAGCUCACUGUUCCAUGGUUUGUUCAUUUUCUCUGACCUCUUUCUCCAGUCUGGGUCUUGUCUCCCCACUUACAGUUGUACCUUUUUUUCUCUUCCCCAGGACUAAAGUGGGGGGAAGAAGAGUAAGUCUUUAAAGUGGCGGGAUGAUGAGGAGAGCAGAGCAAUUUUGGCAGUCUUGGUGCUUCUUAAUUCCGGGACUUCAUCACCAGAAACAAAUCACAUUUCCCUUGGGGAGGCUGAUAAGAAUCCAGAAGCUUGUUGUGGCCAAGUGUCACAGUCAUUAAAACAUUCCCAGCCCCGUCAUCAACCCUUUCCUUCCGCCACUACUCAUUGGAGACUACUUAGGAAUCAAAGAAGGGGGUCUGCUGAAUGCUGGAAAGCAUGUAUCAUCCCAGCUGGAGCAGUCUGCAGACUUUAAAGUCUCUUCACCAUGUGGAUGCACCAGAGAAAUGACCUGCCCAGACAAGCCAGGCCAACUGAUAAACUGGUUUGUCUGCUCCUUGUGCAUCCCGAGGGUGCUGAGGCUUUGGAGUAGCAGACGCCCAAGGACCAGGAGAAAUCUGUUGCUAGGGACUGCCUGUGCUCUCUACCUGGGCUUCCUGGUGAGCCAAGUUGGGCAUGUGUCACCCCAGCAUCGAAGGGCACCAGAAAAGGGGCCACACUGGAACCUGGAUGCUGCUGGGACACCCUUUCAGGAGCUGCCCUUGGAUGGCACACUGGCACCUCCUUAUAGCCAAGGAAAUGGGACCACCCUGCAACCCAAUGUGGUCUACAUCACCCUGCGCUCCAAGAGGAGCAAACCUGCUAACAUUCGAGGUACAGUGAAGCCCAAACGCAGGAAAAAGUAUGCCCUGGUCGCCUUAACCCAGAGACAGGAGAUGUGGACUAAACCAUCCAUCCGCUCCCAUGGGCUGGCAGUGACAGCAGAUGCUGAUGUCCCUGGGAAUCCCCACAAGAACCAGGUGGACAGGGGCUGGGGGCAUCCCUGGAGACUGGUCCAGGGACCAGCCCUCCAAUUGCCUAGAACUGUGGAGAGCAACAUUAGGAUAUAUAGUGAGAGUGCCCCCUCAUGGCUGAGCAAAGAAGACAUCCGUGGGAUGCGUUUGUUGGCGGACAGUGCCAUUGGAGACAUCCAAAAAUUACCUUCUCAGACUGGGGCCCGCUUGUUGGUGCUGGAGGGGAACUCGAAGAACAAAUGGCCUUCUUGUGGUACCAGUCCUUGUGGUUUGCUCAAGAGACCCUUGGACAUGAGUGAAGUGUUUGCUUUCCACCUGGACCGUAUCUUGGGCCUCAAUAGAACCCUGCCAUCUGUGAGCAGGAAGUCUGAGUUCAUUCAAGAUGGCCGUCCCUGCCCUGUGAUUCUCUGGGACUCAUCUUUGUCUCCAACAGACAAUGGAAGUCAUUCUUCUGUUUCUCUCACUUGGAGUGCUUAUCAACAAUUACUCAAGCAAAAGUGUUGGCAAAAUGGUAGAGUGCCCAAAGCUGAAUGGGGAUGUACUGAAGUACAUCACCACGAAUGGUCUAAAAUGGCACUUUUUGAUUUUCUGCUUCAGAUCUACAACCGCUUAGAUGUAAACUGCUGUGGAUUCAGACCUCGGAAGGAGGAUGCCUGUGGUCAGAAGGGAGUGAGGCAGAAAUGUGACAACCAAGAUACCAUGGAGCUAACACACAUUGUUCAAAGAAAGCAUGACCCAAGGCAUUUGGUCUUUAUAGACAAUAAAGGUUUCUUUGACCGAAGUGAAGAUAAUUUAAAUUUCAAAUUAUUAGAAGGAAUCAAAGAGUUUCCUGAAUCUGCAGUUUCAGUUCUGAAGAGUCAGCACUUAAGGGAGAAACUCCUUCAGUCCUUGUUUCUUGAUAAAGUUUAUUGGGAAAGCCAAGGAGGUCGACAAGGAAUUGAAAAACUUAUUGAUGUGAUAGAACAGAGGGCCAAGAUUCUUCUCACCUACAUCAAUGCACAUGGAGCCAAAGUAUUGCCUAUGAAUCAAUGACUUUGAAGGGCUUGUUAUUAAUGUAAAAAUUGAGACAAAAGUAUUAGGACAUAGAACUACUUGAGUACUUCUACAAGACUCCUAUAGAAAUGUUUCUGAAAAUAUUCUGCCUUCAGAGAAAACAACCAUUUUCUCUUCCUCCAUAUAUAUUGAACUGGACCCAGUAGAAUGUAAGCUCUUUCAGGGCAGUAACUGACUUUUUUUUUGUACCCCUCCCCCCAAUACCCUAGACAUGUUGCCUUGUACUUUUUAAAUCCUUUUUUUUUUUUUUUUUUGGCAUCAGAUUGACCUAAAUACUUGACUGCAUAAUGGCUUCAAGGAUUAUCUGACUGAAUUUUAGUCAAACCAGUCAGUUUUAUUGACUAAGUUCAGUUCAAUUCAACUCAGCAAAUACCUUUUGGCACCCAUUAUGUGCAAGGCACUGAGAAUGUAGAAACAGAAAACAAUAUAGUCCUUGUGCUGAAUGUGCUUACAUUGAUUCCUUUGCUUAGCAGAGGAGACCUGAUGUAUCAUAUUGGUUGUUUCUAUAAUGACACCAUAAAGAAAGACCUUUAUGAUUAUAGUGACCAAAAGUUACCUUGGUUCUUGGAGCCUUUUGACCUCCUCAGUUUUGAGGAACCUUGGAUUUAUGAUCCUUCCAUUCAGAACAGAGAUGCCCAAAGGCUGUCUCAGCACUGGCAAAUGCUUAUCUAGGAUUCACAAAAAAAAACUCAAAGACUUCAAUGAUGAUCUGCGUAGAUAUAUUGGAUCAUUUGUUAAAACGUAAAAACCUCCAGCAUUUCUGCCAAAAAAAAAAAAAAAAACAAACCUACCA